CAGGGCUCAGUCCCGCCCCCGCCCCGCCGCCGGCCCCGCGCUCCGAGGGACGCCGCGAUGACCGCGCGCGGAACCGCGAGCCGCUUCCUGACCAGCGUCCUGCACAACGGGCUGGGUCGGUACGUGCAGCAGCUGCAGCGCCUCAGCUUCAGCCUCAGCCGCGACGCGCCCUCGUCCCGCGGCGCGAGGGAGUUCGUGGAACGGGAGGUGAUCGACUUCGCCCGUCGCAACCCGGGGGUCGUAGUGUACGUGAACCCGCGGCCGUGCUGCGUGCCCAGAGUGGUGGCCGAAUACCUUAACGGGGCCGUGCGCGAGGAAGGCAUCCACUGCAAGUCGGCGGAGGAGAUCGCCGCGCUGGUGCAGAAGCUGGCCGACCAGUCGGGCCUGGACGUGAUCCGCAUCCGCAAGCCCUUCCACACGGAUAACCCCAGCAUCCAGGGCCAGUGGCACCCCUUCACCAACAAGCCCACGGCGUGCCGCGGGCUGCGCCCCCGCGAGCUCCGGGACCCUGCCCCAGCCCGGGGGCGCGCGCAGUGAAGAAUGGCGCGCCUACGCCAGCCCAGGCGGACUGCUGCCCCGCAGAGGUGCGCCUUCCUCUGGCAUUCCGAGCUCAAGCAGAUAUAGAGUGCCCCCCGCCGCCCCGUGUGGCUUGACACCAAAGGUCUUGCUUGGGAUAAAGGGUUAGUUUGAUUCCAAUGUCGAGUGCUAAGAACCACGACUUUUUGUUCCCAAGUUCAAGUUAGUGGGCAUCCCUGAAACCUGAGAUGAGAGAGUCUUCAAAUGUUGUACAAGGUCCUUGUUUUCUAAAAUCUAAAUUGAAAAAGCCACGUGUGGUGCCACAAGCCCAUAACUGUGGCAUUUGCAAAGCUGAGGCAGGAGGAUUGUGGUGAGUUGGAGGCCACCCUGUACUGCAUAGACUCUGUCUCAAAAAAAAAAAAAAAAAUCCAAAUUGAUAAUGCUGAUUUCAGAACACAGUGGGGUGGAGGUUGUCUGGAGGCUGGCUCCUAAAGAAUCCCUAAUUGCCACAGCCAUUGAGCUGGAGAGUGGUCUGCUGUGACCUGGCAUUGGGCGAGACACAUGUGGGAAUGUUUGUGUACAGAUUAAACAACGGGUGUCAUUAAACUUAUGCAAGUUGGGGCUGGGGAUUUAGCUCAGUGGCACAGCGCCUGCCUGGCAAGCACAAGGUCGUGAGUUCAAUUCCUGGUACCGGAAAAAAAAGACCGAAAAAAAAAAAACCCAAAAAUAAACUUAUGCAAGUUUACACGAGGU